AUGAUGGUUUUGAAGCUGUUUGGAAUCAUCUUUUUCUGUGGCCUCCUCUCGCCCUCGCAGGAGGUCUUGUCUGGCCUGUCCUGUGCUGUCAGCCCGCAGGCGAUGCAGAAUGUUCUCUCAGAUGCCAUCAUUCAUAAUGGGCUCAUCCACCAGCACCUGCAGGGUCUUGUUGUUCCCAACAUCAUGGGUGAAGGGAGUCAGCUGAACUCUCCCACCAGCAUCACAGACCUGCACCUCAUCAAGGUCCGGGUGCCCCGGCUGUCGGUGGUGCUGCUGCCAGGGAUCGGGGUCCAGCUGACCAUCGGGGCAAAGCUGCAGCUCAGAGGCAACUGCUUGGUUGGCCUGCUUUCAGAACUCAUUGAUAUCUUAGUGGAGGUGAACAUUACUGCAAACAUUAAAUGCACGAAUUUUGAAUCUGGCACAUUCCAGGUUGUCACUGAAGACUGCCUCUGUAUUCUUGGGGCCAUAAAGAUCAAGGUCCUUUCUGGCUUACUCACCCUGUCAGUGAAUGAGCUGGUGCUUCGCCAGCUGACAGCGACUCUGCCUGCUUUGCUCUGUCCCGUGGUCGAUAUCGUGAUGAACCUUGUGAACAUCCAUCUCCUGAGCACUCUCAAUGCGGUGAUCCCAGUCGGCACAGCAGGAACCAUCCACUACCAGCUGGCCAGCAUCCCCUACACCUCUGGCAAGUUCCUUGGGCUGGAUUUAGAUGGCGUGGUGAAGCAGGUGGGAGGCAGCACCAUCCCCCACGACUCGUCCCCCUCUGCUCUGCCUCCUCUGAUGGACCGGCACCUGCUCUUGGUGAUGCGGCAGAGCUUCCUCAAUGCAGUCCUGUCCCUCCUGCUGCAGCCGCCGCCGCAGACCUUCCCCUGCACGCCGGACAUCUUCUCUGGUGCCAGCCGCCUGCGUGAAGCCGUGUGGACCAUUGCUCCUGCUGGGUGCUCUGCCUGCAGUGGGACCAGUCCUCUGAGCAUCAAACUGGUGUUGAGAGGAAACCCACUCAUCCUCCUGGAAGAAAACAAAGCCAGUGUCAAGCUUUCGGUCCUGAUUCAGCUGUUCAGUAACCGCUUAGACGGAUCCAUCCUCAACUUCCUGCUGCUGAAGGCUGACCUGGCUCUGAAUGUCCGUGUGUCCAUUGUUGGGGGCAGGCUGGUGCUGCAGCUGGCCUUGGGCAGCACUUCCCUCUCCUUGGAGUCUUCCGAUGUUGGCAUCAGUAAUAUCUCCCCCCUGAAGUCCCACUGCAUCAGCUUGCUUGUGGAAACAUUCCUGCCUGUGAUCAAUGGUGCCCUGAGCAUCGGGAUCCCCCUGCCAAAGGUGCUGCGCAUUCCCUUGGUGAAUGUGGAUUUCCAGAUAAAAGCGGGCAUGAUGGUGUUUCUGGUGUGAGCUGCAGAGCCUGAGGCACGGAAAGGACUGUGGGGACAGAGAGAGGAAGAGAGCAGUGAGCAUGGAAUGCCAGGACCAUCAUUAUCUGCUUUUCUUUACUGAACUUGAUUCAAGAUUCUUGAUCAUAUUUAAGACACUUUAAAGUGAAUUGGCUUGUGUGAGUACAGUUUGACACCUGUGUAAGCCUAACCUGACUGGCAGCUCUGUGUACAAAUAUUUAUUUAGAGAAGUUGGUGUGAUUUGGGGGUCACAGUCACAGCAGUUGAAUGUGGUGCUGCAGUGGAAUUGGGAAAUUUGUUCUGAGGUAAAACUUUUCCUGAUAGAAUGAAAAAGUGCAUUUGCAUGUGGCUUCUGAAGUGAAUCUCCCCAUCCUUGUCUAGGAGGGUGUGAAGCACUGAGAGAGAGCUCAGAAUACAUCUCAUGUAACUCUUUUAAUAAAUGUUCUUUUUUAGUGCUUGGAA